AUGGCAUUGGAAGACUUAUUGGAGAUGGCCGAAGCAGGGGAUCCCCUUGCCAUGUAUGAUGUUGGAGCACUCUAUGAAAGUGGUGCAGACGGUUUUGAGAAAGAUGAGAAGCUAGCCUUCCAUUGGUACAAGAGAGCUCAUGAGGCUGGGAAUGUCAAAGGCACAGCAUUGAUCGGGUGCUACUAUCUUCUUGGCUGGGGUGUAACCGAGUGCUACACAAAGGGCAUUGCCUACAUCUCUCUUGCGGCGGGCAAAGGAUCCGACUUGGCAUCAUUUGAAUUGGGAUUGGCCCUGGCAGCCGGUGCAUUUGGUAUGAGUGUGGAUAAAGCAGAGGCCAUGUAUUGGUUGGAGAAGGCCCUUGGGGCCUGUCCUCAUGUCUCCUUGAGCGAUAAAGGAAAGGGUGAAGCUCAGCAAAAGCUGAAGGAGCUGCGAGCCCAGAGUCCACAGCAGCAAGCUUGGAAACUCGGGAUGGACAAGGGAGAGUUGAAGCAGUGCGAACCUGAAGAAGACGAGCAGAGUGAAGUCCAAGAGGAACGAGAAGAUGAUGAUGCUGUUUACACGGUGACGGAGGACAAGGGCACAUCAAAACGACGACAUGAGCCAGUGAUUGUCGAGACUAUUGACGAAAAGGAAGAGGAAUGA